AUAUACUUUAUCAUUUUACAGAAUAAUUAUUUUUAUAAAGGGAUUUACUUUUUAUAUCCGUUUUAAGAUCAAUUAUCACGUUUAUAAUAAAUUGAAACAAUUAUUGGUUUAAUGAUACAUUAUUUUUGCUUCGGAGAGUAUCAAUAAACGACUACCGAUUUAAUAAGGCAUGAAAAAAAUUUGUUUUCUUCUCCUGGCCAUACUGGGCCAGGUCACCCUAGCGAAAGUAAGCUACAAAAAUUACAAAGUUUACUCAAUUACACCGAAAAGUGAACAUGCUCUAAAGACUCUCAUAGAUCUGGAAACUGAAGCAAUGGAGUUUUCCCCAUUCCAAUUUUGGCAUGGUCCGACCAAAGUAGGCCACGAAGUAACUCUUAUGGUAGGGCCUGAAAUUCAACAAAAUAUCAAAAACAUGUUGAACAACUCGGAUUUUGAUAGUAGAAUAAUGAUGGAUGAUGUUGAAGAAAAGAUCAACAACGAAAAUAGACUGUGGAGAAGUGAUGUUGUGAACCCUGUUAAUUGGACGGUAUAUAAUACCUUAGAUGAGAUAAACAACUGGUUGGAAAGUCUUGCUAUCGAAUUUCCCUCUUACAUCACCAUUUUGAAACCAGGGAAAACACACCAAGGAAGAGAUAUUGUCGGAGUAAAACUAGAUUUUAGUCCAUUAAUACAAAAACAAGUGGUUUUUAUGGAAUCUAAUAUACAUGCAAGAGAAUGGAUAACUUCUGCUGUAAACACCUACAUUUUGGAUCAAUUUCUGAGAAGCACCCAGACCGAUAUAAGGGCAUUAGCUCAGAAAUACACUUGGUAUUUCUUUCCAGUGAUGAACCCUGAUGGUUUUGUGUUUUCCCAUACUGAAAAUCGUAUGUGGCGUAAAACACGUACCCGAUACAACUUGUUCUGCUACGGCGCAGAUCCAAACCGCAACUGGGGCUACCAAUGGAUGAACGGCGGAGCGUCUCAGAAUCCCUGCUCAGACAUCUACGCGGGUCCACGCCCCUUUUCUGAAGAGUCUGUUGAAGUUAUGCGCGGUUUUAUCGCCAAUAUCACCGACAAUAUGAUCGCCUAUUUAGACUUCCAUUCCUUUUCCCAAAUGUUGCUUCUACCUUACGGGCAUACGACCGAUCCCCUGGACAAUUAUGAUGAAAUGAUGAAAAUUGCAGAAGUUGCAAUGGCAAAACUCGAGGCUGUGCAUCGAACUAGUUAUAUUUUUGGAAAUGUUGCCGAAACUAUUUAUAUUGCUGCUGGUAGUAGUAUGGACUGGGUAAAAGGAGAAUUUAAAGUUCCAAUUGCGUAUACCUACGAACUGAGAGAUCGGGGACAGUUCGGUUUUCUGUUACCCGCGGAACAAAUCUUGCCAACCGCUGAAGAAACUCUCGUUUCGGUUGUUUCUAUAUUUGAAGAAUAUGAAAAGCUACAUCCCACACCCUAGCUAGUAUCCUAUACAGUCUUAUGAAAUAAUUAAUGUACGCUUAACGUAUUAUAUUAAUUAAUAUGUGGUUAUGUAGUAUUAAACAGAUUACAAUAUUUUCAAGCAAUAAAUCUCCUUCUCUCUGGAUAGCAA